AUUUCAAUAUUUUAGUGAUUUCGUAUAUUCAAAAUGCCCAAACAACAGCCCAUUGAUUUGCUGAAUGACUCGUCGCAGGAGGCUGUCUUCAUCAGGAAGAAUAGAGUUCUCUUCAAGAAAUUGGCGAAGACGACGCAUUUCAAUCUACAGGAAGUUGAACAACUGGCGGUUUUGCACAAAAAAAUUCGUCAGGCGAUGGGUCCAGUAACGAUAUCAGUCUUCCGGGACAUAAUGCACUCAGGAUUGGACUACACCGAGAACAUCCGACACUUGUUGAUAGACAGAGUUUUUUCAGUCAUUGACACCCGCACUGUAUUGCAAUUACCCGCAGACCAGUGGAUCGAGGGUCUGUCCAUAAUUCUUCGAGGUACCCUAGAUGAGCGCAUCAAAUUUGCGUACGCAGUUUACGAUCAGAUGCGAACAAACCGAAUAAAAAAAGAGCAGGUGUUUCCGAUGAUGAGAGGCUGCCUGAUCAAGCUGGAGAGCGAAGAGGAUCCGGAUGAAUCAGUCCGGGAUCUGAUAGAGAUGAUGCUGAAGACACUGGACGUUGAUCGUGAUGGGAGAGUCGAUGAAGAGGAGUUCAAGAUUAUUGUCAAGAGGGAUCCACUGUUUUUGGAGUGCAUGGGACCGGUAUUUCCUUCUAGGGAAGCCCAGCAUGCCUUUUUAACGACGUUUACCCAUCGAUUGGGGGAUUUAUGAAGAGAUAAAUAUACAGAGGAGCAUUCAGGGACUGUGUAUUCCCCAGUCAAUGGAGUAUUCACACCGUUGAGCAAGGCGUCGGUUGGUAUGGAGAGAAAUUUGAUUGCGUCUUAUUAAAUCGCAUUUUCAAUAAACGAUUUAAUAUCCCUUGAUCAUCGAUUUGGUCUCCCCCUCACCUCGGGCUGAGAAUCGCGUGACUGGUCGGGGCAUCGCGAGAAUAUUUUGUGGCACUCGGGCAUCAGAUGUGACAGGAUGAGUUAAAAUCGUUGAGAGAAACAAGUCAUUGUUGAGACGAGAAUGCGCCUUUCUGGAACACAAGGGUGGGAUGUUAUUCUGGAUUUUAACGAGCUCCAGUAUUCUGGGGGAUUUACAAUUGAUGAGGGAUUGUGAAGCAACGGACGAUGAGGAAUGGAAAGCAGGAAAAUAACUGAUAUGUGAAGAUUUAUUGUUGAACCAUAAACCAUUAAAUAAAACAUGAAUCAAUGAUUUUCAAUGGAUUUCAAAGAUUUCCGGUUAGUGGACAAAAUCUGCAUUUCGUUUCACUCAAUAUUGCGAAAAAUUCACUCACAAUAAUUCCACUGAUAUCGAUUCCCCUUUAAAUUUAUUUCAACCGCACGAUUGAAAAUUGAAAUUCUCUUCUAAAUUCAGUGCACAAAGGCCGUAACAUUGUUAAGCCCAUAUCCAUGUUUAACCGGAAGUCUGAAAAAUUCAUGCCGAGAAUAAGAAUAGCCUUAUCCGGCACUGAAAUCAUU